GGCCAGUUCCUGGGAGGAGAGAUGCUAGGCAGGGAGGUGUUUGCUGGUAGACCCUGUACAGCCUGGUCCUCUCCCACGUCUGGGAGGGGCUGGAGUCAGAGACAACAACUGGGCUGGUCUGCAAGGGAGGUCAUCUGGCUGGCUGCUCAGCCUGGGCUCCUCACUGCUCCUCUCCACCACCAGGCUACACAGGAGCUGGUGCCCACACAGGCCACAUCACCCACCUCACCUCUAGCACCUUUGGGGGAAGCCAGUUGAACUAUGUCUGUGAGCAGCGGAAGAAUGGGUGCAUCCCUGACCCAGGAGAUCCUCAGCUCCCUGGGCCUCGCCAACAAGACUGCAGCUUGGGGGACCCUGGGCACCCUCAGGACUUUCUUGAGCUUCAGUGUGGACAAGGAUGUUCAGAAGCUGCUGAAGGCCAUUACAGGCCAAGGUGUGGACCACAGCACCAUUGUGGAUGUACUGACCAAUCGGAGCAGAGAGCAGAGACAGCUCAUCUCUCGAGCCUUCCAAGAGCGAACCAAACAGGAUCUAUUGAAGUCUUUGCAGGCGGCACUCUCUGGCCACCUCGAAAAAAUCGUGGUUGCCCUUCUACAACCCGCAGCCCAGUUUGAUGCCCAGGAACUGAGGACGGCCUUGAAGGCCUCGGGUUCUGCUGAGGAUGUGGCCUUGGAGAUCCUGGCCACCCGAGCAGCACCCCGACUGCAGGAGUGCCUGGCAGUAUACAAGCACGAUUUCCAGGUGGAGGCUGAGGAAGAUAUCAGAACUGAGACCAAUGGCAUCUUGCAGGACCUGCUCCUGGCCCUGAGCAAGGGGGGCCGUGAGAGAUACUCUGGAAUCAUUGACUACAACUUGGAAGAACAAGAUGUCCAGGCACUCCAGCAGACCGGAGGAUCCAGUAUGGCAGGUCAAUGGGUCCUGAUCUUUACACAACGGAGUCCUGAACACCUGAUCCGAGUAUUUGAUCAGUAUCGGAGAUGCACUGGGCAAGAAUUAGAGGAUGCUAUCCGGAACUGUUUCCAUGGAGAUGCUCAGCAGGCUCUGCUCGGCCUCGCUUCCAUAAUGAGAAACACAGCCCUGUACUUUGCUGACAAACUUCACCAAGCCCUUCAGGAAACUGAGCCCAAUUUCCAAGUGCUGAUACGAGUCCUCAUCUCCCGAAGCGAGACCGAUCUUCUAAGCAUUCGGGCUGAGUUCAAGAAGAAAUUUGGGAAGUCUCUGUAUUCUUCUCUCCAGGAUGCAGUCAGAGGGGAUUAUCACUCAGCCCUAUUGGCCCUGUGCAGAGCCGAAGACAUUUGAGACCUUUUGGAUCCACCCUGACAUGACAUUCAAGAGUCUGAGAGUCCCAUAUUUGGUUGAACACAUGGGAGACUCCCAAGGAACCCCCCAUAUACCCUAACUUCCUCUGGAGGCUGGACCUCUAAAUUUUUUUUUUUUUUUUUUUUUUGAGACAGGGUUUCUCUGUGUAGUUUUGGUGCCCAUCCUGGAUCUCGUUCUGUAGACCAAGCUGGCCUCGAACUCACAGAGAUCCACCUGGCUCUGCCUCUCGAGUGCUGGGACUAAAGGCGUGCGCCACCACUACCUGGCUCUAAAUUUCUUUGACACCCUUGGAUUCCCCUCAUCUCAAAGUGGUGUCUUCUAGCUCCAUUUUGGGGAGGAGAAAUAGGAAGUCUUUGAUAGUGUUGGCCCUACUCAUCAAUCCAUACCAUGGCCACAACAUCUCCCUGGUAGCUGAACCUUUUGGCAAAUUCUCUGUCUUUUGAUGUUUCCUGGUUAAAAUUAGGGUGGAUCAGGACGUGGGCCAGGAAGAGGCCCUGGAGUUGCAGGCGUCUUUGAAGUACAUUUAACUAUUCAAUGGGAAUCCUGUUUUUGCCCUAGCCGGGCACUUGUCCGUUAUCAAUAUACCCCACCCUCUGAAUCCUGUUUUUGCCCUGCCGGGCACUUGUCCGUUAUCAAUAUACCCCACCCUCUGAAUCUCCCGGGAACCUCAUCAUUCUCCUCCCCAGGAAAUCGUCGCCAAGAUAAUCAAGAAUAGGCACCAGGGGAUCAGAACUAGCAAAGGGCCAUCUAAGGGCCCUCCACAUGAACUCCCAGCCGUGAAAGUCUCAGUAACACCCCCCCCCCCCAUCACCUGUCCACGCAGGGAUUUGGAAACACACUUCCAACUAGAGCUGAGAACAGCACUUCCCACAGAACAUCUACCAAGACCGAGGAAGAGGCAGCAUUUGGGUUCCCCCUGCUGGCUCUGUGAGAAAUGACAGGCAACCUCUCGCCUCCCUGCCUCCUCGCAGUUCACAUUCCUCAGCUGGGCCAAAUAUUUAACCCCACUGCUCCAGGGCAGGAAAACAGAGUAUCUCAGGAAAGAAGUUUUAUUCCCAACUCCCUAGGAAGGCAUUACAAAUAAUAAAGAUAGAAACCCAAAUCAAA